UUGCAAUCUAAGCAUGAAAGUGUUAUUUGUUCUUUUAUUUUGCCGCCUUGCCCGUGCAUACCCGAAUCAGGAAGAACCUCAGAAUAUCAUUGUCCACACAGUGCCUGAGGAAAAUACACCGUAUGUUGUAUUCCUUUCUUUUCAAGAUGGAAAGAGCGGUUCUUGGUGCACUGGAUCAAUGAUUGGAAAUUCUUGGGUCUUAACUGCUUCUGACUGUUCGAAGAAUCCCUUCACCGUGACGAUCUACUACGGUUCAAGCAAACGAGCUCAGGGUUCAAUUAGUCACACAGUUAGCGGCGGAAACGUUAUACGAAAUCCAAGCGAUGAUAUCGCCUUAAUUCGCACCCCAUACGUUGAGUUCUCGGACCGUAUCAGCAGAGUUAGGCUGCCCAGUUUCAGUGAUCGGGAUAAUCUUUACGUCUACCGAUGGACAACGGCUUGCGGCUGGGGACAGAAUACAUUAACAAGCACCUCCGAAGAUCUGCAGUGCGUCGAUGCGUUGGUUAUACCCAAUUCCCAAUGUGCUAGAAUUUAUGACACACACACAGUUCACGGCGGAGUGCUCUGCACCCGUACAUGGCGCCGUGGGUCAAUUUGUUCCGGUGAUUCUGGCAUACCGCUUGUCACGCAACGCAAUACAAUUCUGAUUGGCGUCAGUCAGUCUUGGACGGCCAGCGGUUGCACUGCUGGAUAUCCAGCUGGAUUCACACGCAUCACAAGCCAUCUGGAUUGGAUACGUAUACAAACUGGAAUAUCAUACUAAUCCCUGAUCUUUUGCUUUUUCAAUGCGAUAUGAUUUAAAUAAACAGCAUACCUAACAAAACAA